AUGCACCUUGAGUGUGAGAUUAUUUUCGUCAGUCCUUUUGUUGACGGUGUCCAUCGAAGAGGACCAGAUCUCAUUCUCAAGCUCAUCCCUAAUGAUUCAACAGUGGAGGAAUUAUGCAAGUUUCCUAAAGAGUCGCUCAGGGUCCUUGACAACGUACUUGAAAAACUCCAUACUUACUUCCAUGACGAGGCAGCAGACAAUCUCAUUUACGUUAUUGUCGAAGUACCGAAGCAAGUUUCGAAAAGAGACCGAGAUCAGCUAGAGGGUGAUGAAGGUGAUAGGAGCUCCUUCAAAAAGGCUAUGCUAGAAAAUAUGAGCCUAAUGGGGGCAAUUAGUGAAGCAGGACUUUCCCAAAAGGCUAUAAUAAACGGCGUUCCUGAUCUCUCCGUCCUUACAAGUAAAGAACUGGUUUCAGUACUUGCUACUAAUGGCGUCAGGGUGGGUAGGACUGACUUGUACUAUUCAAUAUCCCAAGCAGCCACUUCCCUCCAAAACACAUUAUUUCAAGAAAUGGAGGUGAUAUCCAGCCCUCAGGAGACAAUACUUCCUGUGAUCAACAUGGAAGAUCUGUAUGUAAGAUCAGCUUACAAUGAACUCUUUGAUACGAUCGACAAGAGGUUUCGUAAAGACAGAAAACUUAGGAGCCCUUGCGAUCGUAUUGUUGUCACAGGGACAGCUGGUAUAGGAAAAUCAUCCUUUCUCAUAUACUUCGCCAUCCGAAUGCUUGCCACUAGCAAUGAGGAAGACCUACCUAUUAUCACCAUCCAGAAAAGGGAAAAUUCAAAGUGCUAUGCUUUCGGUGGGCGAUCUGUUAUUCGAUAUGGGAACAUAGAGGAUUUCGAACCCUUCCCACAACUACCUAAUACUUGGUUCCUAGUCGACAGCUCACCAACACCACGGCUCUUGACUGCCAGGACUAUCUUCUCGGUGUCACCAAGGACUUUCUUUUAUGGUCUGAAUGGAUACCAAGAAGUCAUGGAGAGUGUGAUAUGGAAGUACUACAUGGCUCCAUGGGAACUAGAUGAGCUAAAAGAAUGCAGAAACAAGGUUCGAGCUUUUAAAGAGGCCUUUGGCGCCGAAAAAUCUUGUGAGAGCCUUUUAGAAGAGCUCUAUGAUAUGGUCGGUGGUGUGCCAAGAUAUGUCCUCGAGGCGCCGAUGAAGAACUUACAGGGAUAUAGUCAGCUUUUCCACUGUUAUCCAACAAAAGAUCAUGAUACAUUUGAACUGCGAUGGGCUUCUAAUCAUAUCAUGCAAAAGAUGUAUGAUUUAACAGACGACAGUGUUUGGGCCAGGAUGCUGAAAUUGUCCGUCAAUAGUAGUAGAGCAGCAACCAAAGUAGGAAUGUUCCAAGCUUACGUACAGCACAUACUGCGGGAAGGUGGUCGUAGCUUUAAGGCCAAGAGCAUCGAUGACGGCACUGAAAUAACUAUUGAAGUCGGAAGAGGCACGAAGACUAAUUUCUUUCAUACUUUGGAUGAGUAUGUGAAGGACGAUAUGGAAGGAUCAUUCAAAGAAUUCAAGGAGCUUGUGAAAACUCUAGGCGAUAAAAAGUGGAUUAAGUCUUCUGACGAAGUCGCAUGUAUUUUUGUGGUUCCGCAAGGCAUGACCGAGUGCUCCGUGAAUCAACUCUAUGGAAUCGAGGCAGAUGAUGUGGAUCCUACACCGACAAGCGACCUAAAAAAUGCCAAACAAUAUAUUUUGGGGAUUGAUCUACAAGAUCAGCUCCGGAGGAGCAGGAAGAAUGAUGUGGGAGGCCUAAGAUGA